AUGCAACACCUCACCCUCCUUCUCUCCGCCCUAUUCCUAGCGGUGCUCGCUGCCCUUCCAGCCGCUGCCUUCCCUGAUCUGACCAAAGCAUGCGGCAAGAAUGCCCAAGUCACGAAGAACACCUCGUUCGUUUACGACUCCAAGACAAUCUGGGUCACGACACAGAGCUGUCCUGGCUUCGCGGCUUUGAGCAACAGCUCUCGGACGCCUGGGACCGUGAACAGCACGCUCCUCAACGGCGACGGGCAGGUUUCAGUAUGUAACGACGCAUGCAACGUAGAGUGCGCCAAGAACCAAACAGACGCAGUCGAAGAUGACUGCUAUUACCUGUCGGAUGCUAUCGAGUCCUUGACACCGCAAUCGUUCACUGCGCCUGCACUAUCGCUGACAACGUUCUCGUUCGGCGCCGGCUGCGAGUACAACUAUGCUAACUUCGAUAAGGUGGAUUAUUCCGUGUGCUAUGCGGAUGUGGGAUAUGUCGGCGCUAUAACCGCCAAUGAGUGUUCCGCCGACUCCACCGGAGGAUCAUGUGUCUCUACUGAUGCUAAUGAUAACGACUGGGUUGUCGAGUAA